UUACGCGUCCACACGUGGAUCGACACUCACAGUUACAUUACAUCCUUGGAGUCUGUUAGAAGCAGCAGCGUUGGAAGAAAGAAAUGGCGGCAAAGACAAAAGCUGCAACGAAACACCAAUGUGAUCCUCACGGAAUGUUUGAAGGAAUGAUUGUCUUCUUUGUCGCCAAAGGAGUUCAAUCUCGGAGAUUACAGAUUUGGAAGCAGAGGAUGAUGCAAAUGGGGGCUGUGAUAGAAGAGCGCUUCUCAAAACGUGUUACUCAUGUUUUCGCUAUCGACUCACAAACCCUUCUACAUGAAUUCGAUAGCCACCGCUUGUUACGUUUUAAAGGGGUUCGCUUUUUUAAUUUGUACUGGAUUCAGUUAUAUGUAGCACUUCCACUAUGCAAGAGAGUUCUCCAAUAUCAAUGGCUGGAGGAAAGUUUGAAGUCAGGGGAGAAAUUAUCUGAGGAUCUGUAUGUACUGAAUUUGGAUCCUCAAGGGGAAGGUAUCAAUGAACAUGACAAGUCUUUGGAUUCCAAGUCAACUGAUGGGAGCAUUUCUAGCGAACCUCAACAAUUACAAAAUAAGAAGAUCAAAGCAUCUUCUGAGGAUAUCGAAAUUGUAAACCUUUAUAGUAACGGAGAUAAAAAAGAAAAUGCACCACUUUCAUCAACAAGCACGACAAACAGUCACGGUGGAAAUGAGAGUUUAAAUAACGCUGAGAGAAGUUCACAACACCUUGAUGCUGAAUAUGAAAAUGAGGCAUCGUCCUUGCCGUACUGUCCACCUGAUCUAAACAAGAACAUCACAGAGAUAUUUGGGAAACUUGUGAAUAUAUAUAGAGCAUUGGGGGAGGACCGGAGAUCGUUUAGCUAUUACAAAGCUAUUUCGGUGAUUGAGAAGUUGUCAUUUAAAAUUGAAAGUGCAGAUCAGAUAAAAAACCUCCCGUCAAUUGGAAAAUCAAUGAAGGAACAUAUUCAGGAGAUAAUCACUACUGGGAAGUUAUCGAAAUUGGAACACUUUGAAACUGAUGAAAAGGUGCAAACAAUAUCUUUAUUUGGAGAAGUUUGGGGUGUAGGCCCAGCCACAGCUCUGAAAUUGUAUGACAAAGGGUACCGUACAUUAGAUGAUCUUAGGAAUGAUGAUUCACUUACAAAUGCACAGAAGUUAGGAUUGAAAUACUUCGAUGAUAUCAGGCAACGGAUUCCACGCCAUGAGGUUCAAGAGAUGGAACGCAUUUUGCAGAAAGUUGGGGAGGAUAUUUUACCUGGGGCUAUCAUUAUUUGUGGAGGAUCAUAUCGACGCGGGAAAGCUACCUGUGGGGACAUUGAUAUCAUUAUAACACAUCCUGAUGGAACAAGUCACAAAGGAUUUUUGCCCAAGUUUGUCAAGCGUUUAAAGGAUAUGAAUUUCCUGAGGGAAGAUUUAAUUUUUAGUACUCAUAGUGAAAAGGGCGAUGAUUCUGGUGUUGACACAUACUUUGGUUUUUGCACUUAUCCUGGACGGGAGUUGCGGCAUCGUAUUGAUUUAAAGGUAUACCCAAGAGACAUAUAUGCUUUCGGACUUGUAGCUUGGACCGGAAAUGAUGUAUUAAAUAGGAGAUUGAGGCUGCAAGCAGAAUCUAAAGGAUUCAGGCUUGAUGAUACAGGGUUGUUUCCUGCUAUUCAGGGUUCUGGUGGCAAACGGGGCACAAAAGGUACUGCAAAUAUGAAAUUGUAUACAGAAAGGGAGGUGUUUGAUUUCCUGGGUUUUCCUUGGCUUGAACCAAAUGAAAGAAAUCUCUAAAUACUGGAAUAGUUUGGUUAGUCUUCAAGAAGUAUGAGAUACAGCAACGUCUUGCGAUACUGGGAAGUGGUCUCUAGCAUGAUUUUGGUGGGCUCUGAAAUCCAAUGCUUUGUAAAUAUAUAUGUAGGAAGGAUACCAGAUUACAAUUCUGGCGUCAUCUUCAAGAGAUCGUGUACACGAAAAUUGAUCAAUGGGUUGAAUGUUGUUUUUGUUUAAAAUGUAUAAAAUUAUGACUAUACUUUUAAACAAAGUGAGAUUGGAUCAAAAUGGAGAAUGAAAGUUAAAAUUAUGCUGAUCCUAUUCAGAUUUCCAAGUGUUCCAGAUAUUUACCAUGUUUUACUUGAAUAUUUUCAUAAUAUAAAAUUUGGGGUUU